GGAAAAAACCCCUGCGCGUGUGUCAUGUGGUUCAGAGGCUGCGCUCUGAAAUACAGUCCGGCUAGGAAACACACACAACAAUGGCCGAGAAGAUAGACGAGGGGGAAGCCUUUGUGAUGGACUUGGCAGAACAAGUCAAGAAACAGAGAUGGUGGAAUAAAGUGUUUGGCAACAAUUCUGGGCCAGCUGCCGAGAAGUAUUCGGUAGCAACGCAGCUCGCUGUCGGUGGAGUGACUGGCUGGUGUGCGGGGUAUUUGUUUCAAAAAGUCGGGAAACUGGCUGCAUCGGCAGUAGGUGGCGGCUUCUUUCUGCUUCAGAUCGCUAAUCACACAGGCUACAUUAAAAUUGACUGGAAGAGGGUUGAACGGGAUGUGAACAAGGCCAAGAAGCAGCUAAAGCUAAAUACUGAGAGGCCACCUAAAGAAGUGAGGACAAAAGUGGACGAGGUGCAGACGUUUGUGAAGAAGAACAUUGUCCUCACAGGGGGCUUUGCUGGAGGAUUCCUGCUGGGUCUGGCAUCAUAAGAAGCCUCUCCUUCAUUUUCUGUGUAUUCUCAAUAGCAUAAAAAAUGUCAGCUUACUGCAUGUAACAGGUUUUGGCAUUUAAAUGACUUGUACUGCAGCUUGAUCUGAAUACUCGUUACACUAAAUAUUUAUAUACUGUAGCUCUUUAACUAUGUCUUUCUUAACAAGCACAGCCAACAAUGCGAAAAUAUUUGUACCAAGCUUAUUUUGUGGCUUUUAUUUUUUGGCAUGUACAUUGUAUUCACAUUUUAGUUUCCCUUUAAUUUUGUUACAUUUUUAUUUGAAUCAUUUUGGAAUAUAUUUGUGGUAUGAAUAACUGAUACAUACUUUAAGUAUGUAUGUCUACAGAUCUGUACAGUAUAUGUACGGCACCCUUUAAACUCUCAAUAAGUGAAAACUGGCAAAAUGUUUUACGGCUUUAACAAACAGUCAAAAAAAUUUCCCCUCAUGCCAAAGUGCAGCAAAUUAUGGAACUCGUUAGCUUGGGCCACCAAAUAGGAUUCAACCAAAAGUUGUAUUUUCUUAAAAUAAAAGUAAAACUUUGAAGUAUAUCAGCUAUUGUGUUGUCAACUGUCUUGCUAGGGUUGUAUUUGGUUUAGACUGGCUGGAUUGGUUUUUCUGGUUUUAAGCUUUUGUUUAAAAGGCGUUUUCAGUGGAGAACUUUGGUUUACAUUGUGCUAUUGGUUCAUAUGCAUGACAUCCUUUAGCGUAUGUAAUAAUAAUGUAAGUUUGGUUUAGGGGGUGCUGUCAUGUACAUAUUCAUGACCUGAUAUCUAUGUUUGUGAACUCUCAUGUUCCUUUCUUCUCUCAUAAAAUUCAACAUUUUUAG